UGCAGAUUGACCUUUGUGUAGCAGGGUUCGCUAACGCCAAAGCUCGAGCGAAAGCUCGUCAACUCCAACGGGAAAGCACGUGUUUACGGUAGCACGUAUACCGGUUUUGGGGGAUAUUUUGGGUGUUGUGCUUGAGUUUUGUGGUGACAAUGAUCAAACGGAAGCAACACAACCGUUGUGUGACCAUCGGAAUUAUUUAUAUCGCUACCAUUAUAAGUCAAGCCAUGACUGAUGAUCCUCGAUUCGCGGAGCCAAUUCCCAACGUAACAGUAGCGUUAGGAAGAGACGCCAGUUUGCCUUGCGUCGUUGAAAAUCUAGGAACUUAUAAGGUGGCUUGGAUACACAUAGACCGACAAAUGAUAUUGACUAUCCACCGGCAUGUCAUCUCCAGAGUGCCGCGAUUUAGCGUGUCACACGAUAACGCAAAGACGUGGUUACUGCACGUCAGUAGCGUCCAAAAAGAAGAUCGCGGUUACUACAUGUGCCAGGUCAAUACGAAUCCGAUGAUCAGCCAGGUUGGGUACCUUCAAGUCGUAGUUCCACCGAAUAUAAUUGAUACGGAAAGCACGCAAUCGACUGUGGCUGUACGAGAAAACCAGAAUAUUAGCUUAACCUGCAAAGCCGACGGAUUCCCAACGCCAAAAAUUAUGUGGAGGCGAGAGGAUGGCCAGGCGAUAUCCGUCGAAAAACGAAAGAAAGUGAACGUCUACGAAGGAGACCAGCUAAAUCUUACCCGCAUCAGCCGUACGGAAAUGGGAGCGUAUCUUUGCAUAGCCACAAACAGCAUCCCCCCAUCUGUUAGCAAGCGUAUCAUCGUCGAUGUUGAAUUUUCACCGAUGAUUUGGGUCCCUAAUCAGUUAGUAGGAGCCCCUGCUGGCACAGACGUCACAAUCGACUGCCACACAGAAGCGUAUCCCAGAGCCAUUAGCUAUUGGGUGUACGAAAAUGUCAUGCUCCUUCCUACUAAGAAGUACGGGACUGAGACGAUGGAGAACAGCUACAGGGCGCACAUGAAAUUGACGGUGCGAAACCUACAAGUAGGAGACUUUGGCAACUAUCGAUGCAUCUCCAAGAAUUCUCUAGGGGAGACUGAAGGAUCCAUCCGUCUAUACGAAAUUCCGAUGCCAUCGACACCCCCGAGGGCAACUGAAAUGAAAAGUAAUUCAAACAAAGAAAACAGUGGAAAGCGUAAUCACAGCAGACAUUUCAAUCAAGAAGAUCAAACCAAAGUGGUAAUGGUGUCUUCAUCUGACAGAGACACCGUCAAAGCUGGUCCAGCUUACGAUUCAGGUGUUGAGUUUUACACUCCACCCACUCCUCCGAACUCAGGAUGUGUCAGCAUAGUAAGGUGGGCAGCGCCACAGAUUGCAGCUGUGAUUCUUCAUUCCGUUUUUUCGGAUACGCUUUUUCUCACUCAAAAUUAAUAUACCUACCAUAUCAAAUAUCGAGAUUAAAACAGGAGUAAAAUUGGCCUCAGAAUUUACCAGUUCUUUCGGUGGUUUGUGACUUGUUGGUCUCUUUGCAGUCUAAAAAAUGGCCAUUUACCGAAGCUAAUUCAAAUGUUGAAAUCAAGUGGUUAAUGUAGGUCGUACUACCUAAUUCGAAUAGGUAAUCAUGAGUAAAUUUACCGGUUUUCGAUGUGAAACAAUUAGUGUACUUAUUAAUCAAAAUAGUCGGUAUAUUUAAAGUGUGUACACAAAGUGUGCAUUUUGCAUUUUAAAUAAUUAAUACAAUCAGUUCAAAAAUGAAUUAUUAAUUUAGAGGCAAUGAGUCACAGUUUUAUUCGUGUACAUAAUUUUAAUUAGAUGUGAAUUAUUAAAGCCUGGCUCUCGUUAAUGUGUGCAAUACGAAACUUUCGUCAUAAUGUCAUAGUAACACAUAUCCGGUAUUUUUCAAUAAUUUAAUGGGGGCCUGUUUUUUCGUUGUUAGGUAAUUUAAAUUGUAAAAUCUGUAAAACUAAUUACAUAUCCAGAUGCAAAUUGUCUAAUUCAAAAGUCAUUUUCAAGACAUGAGACUUUCUCUAUCUCGUUAUUCCUUACGCGGGGUUCGUUCGGAAGAAGUUUCUAAAAAUGACCCAUCAAUAAUAAUUUCGUUAACAAAACAUACCGUCGUAUGAAACAUAUCUACGCGCCUUUGUGACACCACAUUUGCGCUGAAUAAUAUGGAACUGAAAGUAAAUAUCAGCAUUCUCUCGCAUAUACUUAAAAUACAUUGGCCAGACAAAAGGGAUUCAAAUCUAUACAGGAUUCUCUUCUGUUUAAUAUUCACAAUAGAAGAGCCGCCUCCAAUUGAUCACGUACGCUAUAUUAAAACCGAACAGAUUUUAAAUUCUAUCGAGAAAAUUCCAUUUUGGCCAAUUACACCUAAUACAAUUGCUUUGAUAUUUUAUUAUUUUCAUUAAUUAUUUAAUGGGAGAGAAGCUAAUUAGUUUUUUAGCUAAUAUUCUUUUUUAUUUGUUAAAAAAAUUGUAUCCCUUAGGUAUACACAGGACGCAAAUUUCAGUUUAUACUUAAAAGGAACAAAAUAACAGAAAUUUUGUGCAUUAAGAAAAUAUUUGUAUAUAAAAAAUUAAUAUGAGGCUUAUUGUAAUAUAUACAUGUAUUUAGAGCUGAUCUAUUUAAUUUCAAACAUAAUAUUCUAAGAUCCAACUUUAUAUGUAUAUAAUGUAUCAUAGUUAUCAAUUAAAGUUUUUAAACGUGAAUGGUUUGUUGUGCAGCGGGGGGACAUAGAAACUAUGCGGUUUCUAUAAUAUAACAAACUCACGAAAGACAACAAACCGAUUAUAAAAAAAUUGUUUAAACAGACAUUUUGCAUAAAAAUGAAAAAGUUUUCCGCUUUCAUAGUGAGAAAAAUUUUCAGUUUAAAACAUUGUCGUAUUAUUUGAAGUGCCAAAUUAGAAAAUAGAUAAAUUCAGGUAGCUAUACUUGUAUAAUUUUAAGAAUACCACAGUUCGUUUAAAGCAGAAGUCUAAAAUUUUUAUUUAAAAAAAAAUCAGAUUUAGCUGCAAGUAUUUUUUUUAAAUUAAUCGUAACUUACUUCGUUUCUCUUCUCGACAUUAAUUGUCAUUCCGAUCUUGAAACGACUCGUUAUCAGGAUGCGAAGUUCCCUGAACGGAUGAUUUUAUAGUUCCAUCCAAAGUUUUACUGCCAAAAUUAUCCUGAAAUUGCCGCCAAUGUUAUACAUGAGUGCACAAACCCCAUAUAAAUCGGUCUUAGGUUUGUUUCAAUUUUACUGUCUACCUGAAGCUAAGCGAAGGCUUCGUUGACCUUUGAAACCCUAGCAGGAGCAGAUCGAAUUGCAAUAAAUAACGAUAAAAAUUUUAGACAUUCUGGUCAAACUUUUCUGUUCAACUGUACUCGUAGAGCAUUGUUAAUUGACACUGUUCAUUGUUCAUAAUUUUUGUUAAAUGUGCCCAUAAUUCUAUAUGAAUUUUGGAUUAAUAAAAUUAUUUGUCAA